AUGGCCUCGUCCAAGGAAAUGCAACAAGCCUCGCGGCCGCUCACCCACCGGCCGUCCAUGUCUUCCAAUUCUAUACUAGGCGGCUUGUCCGUCGGGCGACAAUCGCACUCACGCACUAACUCGUAUUCCGUCGCCGCCGGGUCUCUCAAUGGCACCCACCGCGUCACCCGUCGCAAGAGCAUGACAAGCUCGGGUACCAAUGUUGCAGCUGUUGCUGCAGCCCUCACCGAAGCAGGCGACAAGGCCAUGGCGCUUCCCAUCACCGGAAGCUCCCGCCGGAACACCAUGUCCAGGAACGGCCUGUCACGACCGGCUAUUGUUGGCAGCCUCCCAUCCCCGCCGGCGAGUCUCCCCAUGCACAAGUUCGUCAUGGCGGAUGGGGCCGUCAAUAUGCAGGACAGCGCUAUCGAUGACGAACUCAAUGACAUGUCGGGGGACGAGGGAGAUUCAACCCUCGAGAGUGCGCGUUUGAGGAGAGCUAGCGAUGGCCAACCACUCGGCAAGGAAGGCCGGAAGAGCAACCGGCCAGAACUUCGCUGCGAGAAGUGCGGGAAGGGAUACAAGCAUAGCAGUUGCUUGACCAAGCAUUUGUGGGAGCAUACUCCCGAAUGGUCUUACACCUCCAAGCUCCUGAUUUCGAAGCACCAGCAAGUGCAGCUUCUGGAGGCGGCCUCUGUCUUGGUAGCCAUGAACACUACAACCAGCACUACGCCUCCGGAUUCGACCGGGGAUUUCCACAGCGACCAGGAUUCCGCGUCUCCCGCAGCAUCUGGUUACUCGGAAAACCAGGAUCGCAGUUCGGCUGAUACAACCCCGCCUCCCCAGUCGGAUUUGUUUGGUGUUCCCAACGCAUCUUUCAGAAAUUUUUCUAAGCGGCACAGCAACGGUAGCGGAUUUUCGCGGUCUUACCAGUCUGCGCCGUAUGCAGGGUCUGUUAGCGGCAGCAUUCCCAAUGGCUCUGGCUUUGGUCACUUUCGACAGCUCAGCCAAGACCAAAGGCCCACAUCGUCGGGGAAGAAUGCCACUGGACAGGACGAUCAGGAUCUGGCCGCCGCCGUUGAACUCCUCAGCUGCAGUUUUGGGAGCAAUGCUGGCUCCCGGACUGUGCAUCUCCCAGCUGAUGCACCUCCCGUGCCGCCUCUUCCUGCGCAGUACCUCGAUCAAGCCAUCUUGACGGGCACGAGCUUCAUCAACAGCUUCCCGAGCCAGGCUCCGGAGAGCUUCACGCGUGGCGAGGUGCGCAAGGACGACGUCAGGAUGGAGGAAAGCGGCGAGAGUGUUAUGGACGACGACGACGACUACAUGCGGUCUCGUGCGCGAAGCGACGACGACGACGACGGUGUCUUUGGGCGCAUGGAGGAAUGA